GGAGUUAGGGGUUGUACGCACAUGGCAAGGACAAGGAGACCAAUGCAAACGAAAAAAACGGAGGCGCGAAUACAUACUUUUAUUUAUUUUUUGUACAUUUGGAAUAUUAUUAUUUUUUUUAAAAAUUAAUCACAGGAACAUUAUUCUUCUUCUAGUUCUAAUCAUAGCCAUUUCAUUAUUUUUCAAUUUCUCCUUAACUAAAGAACUCAUUUUUAUUUGGCCAUUUGUGUUUUUUCUGUCCUUUUUUUUUGGUGAAAUUAUCCAUUGCUCAUCCAUUUUCUAUCCAGCCAGAAUUAUCCGAAAUUUCAUUGGAAUUUUCUUUCUUUCUCUAUUUUGGGAGCAAUUGAUCAAGCCUUUUUUCCCAUCAAUUCAUAUUCUUUUUUGAAUAUAGAAGGAGGAGGAGGAAGUAAUAAAUGGCUAGCUGCCCUUUGUGAUUUAUGUUUUCUGGUGUUUUGUAAAGGCUGGAGAUGUCUAUGCGACAGGAGAAUUCUGAUGGAACUGCUACUUGCCUGCAAGAUUUAUUAUUUCCAGAUAAACACAGUUGGACCAGGAAGGAUCGGCACAAGUUUUCUGGUCCACAACGAAAACUGGAGAAGCUGCUGAGUCAAUCAGGCAAUAAGAUUUGUGCAGAUUGUGGAUCACCAGAUCCAAAAUGGGUGUCCUUAAGUCAUGGAGUAUUUAUUUGUAUCAAGUGUUCUGGUGUUCAUAGAAGCCUUGGAGUACACAUAUCAAAGGUUCUAUCAGUCAAGCUAGAUGAAUGGACAGACGAACAAGUGAAUAAUUUCAUUGAUUUGGGUGGCAAUACAGCAGCAAACAGGAAGUAUGAAGCUUGCCUUCCAGAUGAAUACAGAAAACCAAAGCCAGAUGCCUCUAUAGAGGAGCGAUCUGAAUUCAUUAGGAGAAAAUAUGAACAACUACAAUUUUUGAACACUAAUGAUCACAUGAUCUGCCCUUGUCGGCCCCAAAGAACUUCAUCAUCUUCCCAAGAGAGGAAGCUCUUUGACAAGCAAGCAACGAGACAGCGUAUUGGGAAUGCAUUCCGUAACAGCUGGGGAAGAAAAGAUUCUGAGUGCAAGAACUCAAAAAAGAGCACCUCUAUGGCAGGUAUGGUUGAAUUUAUUGGACUAAUCAAGGUUAAUGUGGUAAGAGGAACCAAUCUAGCUGUACGGGAUGUAGUAACUAGUGACCCAUAUGUCAUCCUUGCACUGGGCCACCAAUCUGUGAAAACACGGGUCAUAAAGAACAACUUGAAUCCAGUUUGGAAUGAGAGUCUAAUGUUGUCGAUCCCAGAAGAUAUUCCUCCUCUAAAAUUGCUUGUCUAUGAUAAAGAUACAUUUUCCACUGAUGACUUCAUGGGUGAAGCUGAGAUAGACAUUCAACCUCUGGUUGCUGCUGCCAAAGCCUACGAAACUUCUACAAUCACUGAGCCAAUGCAGCUUGGCAAGUGGGUAGCUAGCAAGGAUAACACUCUAUUGAAAGAUGGUGUCAUCACCUUAGUAGAUGGGAUAGUAAAACAAGACAUAAGCCUCAGGCUACAAAAUGUCGAGAGGGGGGUGCUAGAGAUCGAGCUAGAAUGCGUUCCUCUUACUCAAUAGUUAAACCAGAUACACAAUUUCCAUCAACUGGAAGAUGCAUAAUAGGAAAAAAUGUUUAGCUUGCUGCUAUUCUUGUAUAUUGCUAUACAAUCCUUGUUUACAAGGAGUCUUAGAAAUUUCAUUGACGAUUUUGUGGAUAGUUUGUAAAAUUUUCUAGUUACUGAACACAAUUCAAAAUGUUAAUCAGGUUGAGCAGCCCUAAUACACUAAAAUUGCUGGUUUGCUCACGACUCUGUUAUUAUAAACAUUGUAGUCAGCCUUGUUUACUGAACCUUGUUCCUGACAGAAAAAUCAUUAUUUAGUUCA